AUGAGACAAACUCCUUUUUAAAGUGUUGGUCAGCAAAGCUUCAAUAAUCCUGCAAUGCAAAUGGUAUCUCCACCAUCAUAACUUAAUUCUUUCAUGAAUGAUUAUGAUUAAUUAGUUAGACCAGGAGAAACAACAAAUAGAAGACCAAGAUCAAGAGAAUUAGAUAUGAUGAAUUUAUUACUGAUUGGAAGUAUGAAUAAAGGAGAUAAAAGAAGUGGAUUAGAGAGUCUUGAUUAGCUUUUGGGUUCUCCAAAUCCAACAACUUCAUUAAGUACAACUAAUAGUCUAGCAAAUUUUGGUUAAUAAUUAUUGGGAUAGCCUUAUGGAAUGAGUCCAUUUGAUCCUCUUAUGCCUAACAAUUAGUUGAGAGAUUAAAGAUCUAUGCCUAUGUUGCCUGUGCCAUAAUAAUUUCCUAUGCAAUAACCGUAAUUCCCUAUGCAAUAACCUUAAUUCCCUAUGCCAUAACCAUAAUACCCAUUAUAAUAACCCUAAUUCCCUAUGUAAUAAGGAUAAUUUCCAUUAUAAUAACCAUUAUAAUAUCCAUUCAACUAAUAAUAAUUUAAUUCACCUAAUUAAUAGAUUAAAAAUUAAGAGAAAUUAUUAAUUAAUGGAUAGAUGGGUGUUACUGUUAAUCAAACUACUCAAUAAGCUCCUGAAUUAUAAGAACCACCUAAAAAUAGGAUAAUCGAUUAUAUUGCAAGAUAAAAUGAAGUAUUAGAAAAAUUAACAAAAAAUAUGGCAUCAUAAAGGGAGAAAGAAAGUUAAGAAGAAAAGUAGAAACUUUUGGAGAGAAUGAAAAAAUUAGAAGCUUAAAAUGCUUAAGAUGCUUUUUAUAAUGAUAUGUAUGAUGAAGUACCUCCACAUAUGAGAUAAGGUUAAUAAUUUAAACCUCCUCCAGGUUAUUAGUAUCAACCUUAUUUUUAAUAAUAGAAUUUAUAUUAACAAUAAUUUCCAACAAUGCCAUAUCCAGAAAAAUAGAAAUCAAAGUAACAAACAUUAUAAAUGUUGAGAAUGUUAAAGCAAAUUGUAAUAAAAACAAUUUAAAUUUAAGAAAAUAGCAAAUUAGAGAAAGAAAAAUAAAAAACAUAAAAAGCAAUUAGAUUUUGAAGAAAUAAUUAAUGAUCAAGCAGAAGUUGAUUCAUUUACAAGUGAAGAGAGUGAUCCUGAACCUAGAAUUGUAUAAAAGCCAAGAAUAUUAAAACCAAGACCAAUACCACCUCCACCUAAUUAUGAUCCUACAGAUGAUCAAACAAAAUUAAAUUAAUUAAUAAAGUAUUUUUUUUAUUUCUAAAAUAUAGAUAACGAGGUAAAAAGAAAUUAAAAUUACAGUUUAUAAUGAUGUUUUUUUUCAUUUGGAAACUUAAUGAUUUAAAGAAAAUCAUUUAAGCAAAGAAACAAUAUAUUAAUAAAGAAGGACCUGAGAUUCUACAAAAGUUUAUGGAGGAUACUCAUAGUUUAUUUGUUAGAGUAUUAAAAAAUGUAUUUGAUGAUCUAUUAUUACCUAAUUUGAAUAUUUAAAUAGUUCCAAAACCAAAAUAAAAGAUUUCACCUAAUUAAAUGAAUCAAAAUAUUAAAAAAUUAAAAGAGAUCCUAAAAAAAUUGUUUGAUGGUGUGACUGAUAAUGCUAAUGAAACAGAUUUUACUGAGAAUAUGUUAAUUUAUUUAAAUAGCAUAACAUGUGAAUAUGCAUAUCUAUUAGAUAGUUAACAUUUGAGAUUUGAAAUAAAUAGAUUAAAUUUUACAUAUCAUGGAUCAUUAAAAAAUAUGGAAUAAAAGAAAUAAUUUAUGAUGAUUGUAAUUUCGAUGAUUGUAAAAGUUUUAUUGUAUCGACUAUUAAGUAAAGCACAUAUUUAAAUAAAAAAUGUUAAAGUUACUGAUUAACUUAAAAUUAAUAUGAAGACAAUUACAUCUGCUACUUAUGAAAUCUUUUUAUUAUUUAUACGUGGAGCAACUGCCAUUUAACCUAAUAAUACAAAGGAUUUACCUAUUGAAAAUUUAGUGAAAGAAAAGAAAGAUAUGUAUUAUUUAGUUGAUACAUUUGAUGCAACUGAAGAAGAAAUAGCUAAAUUAGAAGAAGCUAAAUAGAAAGCUAAUUCUAAAGAUGAGAGAAUAGAUGAACCUAUGUUAUAUCCUAUUUAUAGUGGCAGAGAAAUGUCAGCUUUGUAUCAUAUAUUAUAUUAUAUUUAUAGUUUUGAUACAGAAAGAAUAUUUGUUACUACUCUUUAAUAAAUGGUUGAAGGUUGGUGUGAAAAGAUUUACAAUAUUCUAUAAAAUUAUAGAAAUGAGAAGGAUAAUAAAAGGAAAGAGAUAUAUAGAAAGAAUAGAGAAUAACUUAAUAAUUCUCUUGCAAUUAAAAGAGAUAGAGUGAAUAAAUAAAUUUAAUUAAAUAAAGAGAGAGAUUAAUAAUUAUCAUAAGAAAUAGAAGAACUCAGAAUAAAGAUUGCUGAAAGUAAUGAAAAGGCAAAACGGGAUAAAGAAAAUUAUGAUUAAAUGUAAAGAUAAAGGGAAGAAAGACAUAAUAAUAUGUUAAUUGGACCUAGAAAUACAGGUUAAUAAAUGCCUAUUUCAUAUGAUGGACAAUAUGGAUAACCAAUGAGAAGAUAGUUUUGA